AUGACUACUAAAUUUUAUAAGUUAGCUUUACUUUCAAAAGAUAGUGUUUCAGAAGAAAGGAAAGGUUUGACAGAGAACGAGUUGAAAAAUUUACGAGCUCGUUUUAAAAGAAGACAAAACAAAUUUUCAACCAUAACUGUUACAUUUGCGCCCUCUAGUGGCUCUGACGAAGAGGAAGUGUUUGAAAAGGUCGAUGUGGAAAUUAGUCCGAUAAACAUUGAGACAAAUAAAGGGGAGAAAGGUGCGCUUUUGAACAAAGAUGCGUUAUUACAACCAAAAGGUGCAAAUAUAUUACGAAAGGCAGAUACAGUCGCACAAGGGAGCUGUUCGAAAAGCUCAAGUAAAACAGAGCAAGUCACUCAAAGUAGAUCAACCUCUUCAACAACGGAUUCUAUAAACAAACCAGAGGCAUCUAUAUCACCAGCACCACCGAAGAAAAGGAUUAAAUCAAAAGAGAAAAGUUCUGGAACGAUUUCACCUCUAAAAUCCAAAACUGUAAAGAUAAAGAGCGUUGAAUCACAACCAACGAAAAUAAAAGGAAAAGUCAAAGAAGGUGUAGAUGAAAGAAAAAAGCAUGAUAGUAAGAAUAAAAAGAGAAAAGAAGAGAAAAACAAAAGUCAUGGAGAGUUUAAAAUCCAUGAAAAAAAGAUAAAAAGAUCAAAAAAUCAUAAAAUAAAAGAAGAUAUAAAGGAUAUGCAAGAAAAGAAAGGAAUGGGAAUUGUGUUGACAAAAAGCGAAGAGAAAAAUCCGAAAGACAUAAAAGUGUUGCAUGCAAAUGUGGAAGGAUUGGAAAAUGUAGUAGCAUUGGAGAAUGAGAAGUUAAUAAAAAUUUCAGGAAAACAAGUAAAGUCGGAGACAUCAAAGUUCAAUUCAUAUAAGUCACCAAUUAAAGCAGAAUCAUUACCAGCAAAUAUUUCUUUAGAAGGAUAUCCACAAAACACAUCUGAUAUUAAUUUGUUGCUAAAACCGAUCGAAAUGACGAAAAAAGACCAAUUACUGUAUGAAAAAAUGGACGAUGAAAUUGUGUUGGAUACCAAUUUGCUACAAUCAUUGGCUACUGAUUUAGUGACAGAAUCUAGUAAAGUGAAUAAAGAUAUAAUAGGAGAAGAUAUUGCUAAAAAGUUAAUUGAAAUCGAGAAAAAUGACAAACCAUUAAUAGAAGAUCAUAUCAAAGAUGAAAAAGAGGUUGUAAUAUCCGAGACUGCAAGGAGAAUAGUAGAAGCAUUAACAUCCAAUCAAGUCCUUGGUAAAGUACUAACACCGGAAGAAGCUACUAUUUUAAGAGAUUAUUUCAGUCGAAAAAUACCGCUAAGUGAACAGGUUCUUGCAACGUUGGAUACAGCACUUGACAAAAUUUUAUGCCGCGCAUAUGAAUUUUAUGAUGAUAAGAAAGAACUGGAUGCAUUCCUAAAAGAUCGAGAUUCUGCAAAAGGAAAACUUCUCGAUGCACUUAUAGCCAAGAAGUCAAAUUAUCUAGCUGAUUUAAUGAGUGAUGCUAGUUUCUAUGCUGAUCGAAUCAGUAAAGGAUUAAUUGAUGUUUAUAAAUUAGCAACGGAAGGAAUUCUAGUUGCUCGUGAUAACUUGCAAUACAUGCAAGCUGCAGUCGGCCAUACAUAUCGCUAUUCCAAAGAUAUGGCAUACCGUGGCGCUGCACUGACUUACGAAACAGCUGCACGCGGCAAAGAAUUGGCCGAAAUUGGUGCUUCCGUUGGCGCACAAAUGACAUAUGAUGCGGCAAAAAUGACAUUAGAUGCUGCAGUUCGUGGGAAAGAACUUGCAGAACAAGGUGCAGCAAUCGGCACAAAAAUGACAUCCGAUGCCGCAAAAAUAACGUUAGAUGCUGCAGUUCGAGGAAAAGAACUUGCAGAACGAGGCGCAGCGAUCGGUACAAAAAUGACGUCUGAUGCCGCAAAAAUGACGUUAGACGCUGCAGUCCGAGGAAAAGAACUUGCAGAACGAGGCGCAGCGAUCGGUACAAAAAUGACGUCUGAUGCCGCAAAAAUGACGUUAGACGCCGCAGUCCGAGGAAAAGAACUUGCAGAACGAGGCGCAGCGAUCGGUACAAAAAUGACGUCUGAUGCCGCAAAAAUGACGUUAGAUGCUGCAGUCCGAGGAAAAGAACUUGCAGAACGAGGCGCAGCGAUCGGUACAAAAAUGACGUCUGAUGCCGCAAAAAUGACGUUAGACGCUGCAGUCUUCGGAAAAGAACUUGCAGAACGAGGUGCAGCGAUCGGCACAACAAUUGCAUCUGAUGCCGCAAAAAUGACAUACGAUGUCACUAAUCGCGGUAAGGAACUUGCAGGGCUUGGCGUAGCAAUUGGAGCAAAAGUGACGCAAGAUGCUGCCUCCAAAGGAUUGCAAAUUGCAGAAGGAACAAUUCACAUUGCUUCUAAAGGGAAGGAAAUGGUGAAAGACAGUUUGACAGCAGUAAGCAGUACUAGUCUUGAUCUCUCCGAGACCGCUCUUGAAAGUGCACUUGAAGCCACUAAACUGGUUGGUAAAAAAGUACAAGAUUUUACCGGUGCAAUGAAUCAAGCUAAAUCGGAAAUUCAAAAAUCUAGCGAAUGGUUUUUGUCAUUUUUUCAACCAUCUACAACGACAUCUGAAACAUCAAGCACUUUAAAAGAAGUAGAAGAUAAUGACGACGACUCAAAUGAUGACGAGAGCGAUAAGGAUGAAACAAGUUUAUCAUCAAAUAAGAAAAGUGGAGUGGUGGAUGAAUAA